UAGAGCGCGCGAGAGGGAGAUAGAGCGCGCGCGAGAGAGAGGGAGAGAGAGAUAGAGGGAGAGAGAGAGAGAGAGAGCGUUUCCGUGGCGCUUGAAGCGCUUCGCCAGUUGGGACAGUAGGACGCAGGGACGCAGAGACUCCUCUCUUUCUGACCGCAGCAUGGAUCACCCCGAAUGUUUACUUUCCUCACUUCCACUCUACACAACUCUGGUUUGAUCUCUUAACCUCUCUGGAAUACUUCAAUAUAUUCCUGCAAAAUGGAAAUGACGUUCUUUCUUUCGACGGUUUUCUCACUGAUCCUCGUGGGGAACGAAUUGGCCAGGGCCAUGCUGAAUGACAUUGGUGACUAUGUAGGUACGGAUAUUGAGAUUUCCUGGUUGCCAAAUCUGGAUGAUUUAAUGAAAGGCUAUGCUCGAAACUUUCGUCCAGGGAUAGGAGGACCUCCAGUGAAUGUUGCCAUGGCCAUUGAAGUAGCCAGCAUUGACCAUAUCUCAGAAGCCAACAUGGAAUAUACCAUGACUGUGUUUCUGCGUCAGAGCUGGCGAGACGAUCGCCUUUCUUACAACCACACGAACAAGACCCUGGGGCUGGACAGCCGUUUUGUAGAUAAACUCUGGGUUCCAGACACGUUUAUAGUCAAUGCCAAAUCGGCCUGGUUCCAUGACGUCACUGUUGAGAACAAGCUCAUACGGCUACAGCCUGAUGGUGUCAUCCUCUACAGCAGUCGGAUCACAUCCACAGCAGCCUGUGACAUGGACCUAACCAAGUACCCAAUGGAUGAGCAGGAGUGCAUGCUGGACCUUGAGAGCUAUGGCUACUCUUCAGAGGACAUCAGUUAUUACUGGUCAGACAGCCAGAAACAUAUUCAUGGCCUGGACAAACUGGAGCUGUCCCAGUUUACUAUCACAGACUACAGUUUUAUCACUGAGAUGAUGAACUUUAAAUCGGCUGGGCGAUUCCCUCGGCUCAGUUUGCACUUCCGGUUGCGGCGGAAUCGAGGAGUGUACAUCAUACAGUCCUACAUGCCCUCUAUCCUGCUGGUUGCCAUGUCCUGGGUGUCUUUCUGGAUCAGCCAAUCAGCUGUGCCUGCAAGAGUAUCACUAGGAAUCACUACUGUGCUGACCAUGACAACGCUGAUGGUGAGUGCCCGCUCCUCGUUGCCUCGUGCCUCCGCCAUAAAAGCCCUGGAUGUAUAUUUCUGGAUCUGCUAUGUGUUUGUGUUCGCUGCCCUGAUUGAGUAUGCCUUUGCUCACUACAACGCCGACUACAGCAAGCAAGAGAAAGCCAAGGUCAAAGUGAAAAAGACUGCAGAGUCCAUGGUGAAGAAUGGAAAGCAGGCCAUGGUCCUCUUUUCACUGUCAGUGACGGGCAUGAAUCAAGGCUUCGUGGUCUCCAACCGGCAGAACCGCGCCCAAUCUGAGACACCCGUAGAGCCUCCGGAAGAGGUGGAAAUGGCUAAGCAAGAAAGCAGUGAGGAGAGGAAGUGCUGCAAGUGCAAACCCAUAGACGCAGACACAAUUGAUAUCUACGCCCGUGCCGUCUUCCCUUUCACUUUCGCCGUGGUCAACGUCAUCUACUGGGUGGCUUAUACCAUGUGACAUACAGAUGUUAAAUCAGCUGAAAAUCUUGAGAUUUUGGAUUUUUACAAUAUGGGAUGAUCACGGUUGUCAAGCUAUGAUUCAGAUUGUUGAAUCCUUAUGAUUCAACUCUGACUGCUUAGGUUUUGUGUGGCUCUACAUCUGAUAAUGUUAGGUAAUGAAGUUGGGAACAUCUGGUGAGAAAGCACUUUUCCUUUCAACAAUCUCUCAGAUGAAGGUGAGUGGAAUAUGAGGAAUCGCUGUGAGGGCUGCUGAUUGUCUCGCCUCUGCAACAUUACAUUGCCUUGGUUUCUCUUUAUGCAUUACUAUUAUAAUAUAUUAGAUUUAUUGUUAUAUUAUAUUAUUUUGUGACAUUUAAUUGCAGUUCUUUUUCACCUGAAACCUGGGAUAAUUAAAUUAAACCACACAACAUGACUGCAUGACUAAUGUUUUUUGAUAUCAGUAAAAAAAAGGUUUUAAGUUUCCUGCCAUUCUCUAGGCUUUGGUCUGACUUCAAAUUAAUUUCAGACUUUACGAAACUCUAUCCAGUGUUUGCUUUUCAACAUAAGGUAAUUACUUGAGCAAAUGACUGAAAUGCUGCUCCAGUCAUGAAAGAAGGACAUAGUUUAAAUAAUGACAUUAAAUAAUGACAGUUUUAUUCACAAUGCCUACAUGCAUGUUAAUAUAUUUAUAAUGUGACCUAUAUACCUAUAUAACCUUUAUAAUGUGACCAUAUAAUGUGAAGGUAGCCGAACUCUAGACUUAUCACAGACCAAAUGUAUGUCUAUGUAAAGUUUUGGGUUUAAAAAUGGCCGCAAGACAUUGAAAAUGAUCUAGUGCCCUGGACAAGCCUGGUAUGGAGAGGGUUUUAUGGCCAGCUUUCUUAAAUAAUUCAGCUUCUUAAUAUAGCUUUCCUUUUAAGGCUCCAAAUAAUUAAAUAACAAGACAAAGAGAAAAUUGUAUUGAGUCUAUAUAGAGGCGAUGACUGCUGCAAUAAAUUUGAGAGUGACAAAAGAAACAAAAUGUGUGUGAUUUACUUCAGUAUGCCACAGAUUAGAUGAUCUAUGCAAAUCUUCAAUGAUAAUAUGAUGCUUCUCCUGAGGAAAUAGAAAUUCAGUGUGUCCCUACAUGGAAG